CAUGCCUCGAAUUCUCUUCGUGAGCGGCUUCCAUCCCUCAACUCGCGCCCGCGACCUGGCCUUCGAAUUCGAACGCUAUGGCCCACUGGUCCGUUGUGAUGUCCCUGCCCCACGCAACCCGCACGCCAACUCCAACCCCUAUGCCUUUGUGGAAUUCCGAAGCCAACGUGAUGCCGAGGAUGCCUAUUACGAAAUGCAUGGAAGACACUUUGAAGGAUCCCGUUUGAGUAUCCAGUGGGCCAAGAACCCUCCGUCCUCGGUCUGGCGUUACGACAGGCGUGCCUCCCCUCCACACCGUUCCGGACGCGACCGUGAACGCUCUCGCAGCCCUCGCCGCCGUGACGACCGCAACAGAGACCGUGGAGACGACCGUGAUCGCGAAAGGCGAAGGAGGAGUCGGACUCCAGAACGUCGACGCAGCCCAUCCCCAGAUCGUAGGAGGGAAGUACGUGAUGAUAGGGGAGGUGAUAGAGAUCGGGAGAGGGAUAGGGACAGGGAUAGGGACAGGGCGAGGACCCCUCCUCCUGCAGAUGACAUUAAAAAAGAGGCUGAGGUUGCAAGGGAUAGGGCACAGACGCCGCCUUAUGAGCACUGAUUGCUGAUUUUCUUUCUUCUCUCCGAUUUGACCCAUUGAAAAAGAACGUUUUCAUAUGUUUGCCGGGCCUGAUGUCUUGCAGCACGUCGUUUAGUUGUAAUGUUGAAUGAGAAAUAUAUGCUUCUGAGAUG